AUGACGAACGAUCUGGAUCGUCGCAGCCUGACCGACUUCACGAAUGUCAGCCGUUAUUUGGAGGCUUUCUCUCAGUUCCGGAAGAAGAAGCCUCAUUCCAAACCUAACCCCCCCGGCAAGCCUAAGGGUUCUCCCCCUCCAAUCUCUACUCUGGGCCCCAAAAAACCAAUUGGCCACCGCAAGCCAAAGGGCAAGGGUGGUAAGGGAGACAAGGAUGCUAAGGGAGACAAGGGACAGCAUCCUCCCAGAAGCCUGGACGAUGAUGAGAUGGAGGAUGACUACGCCGGUGAAGAGAAUAAUCUCUAUGCCAGAGACGAUGCCGAUGGUCUUAGCUGCAAUGACGGCGUACCCAGCGUCGCUAGGAUUAAGGAAGAGCUCAAAGACAAGACAUUGAAGGACUCCUGCCUCUUCUACUCCGGACCUCAGGGUUACUCAAAUAAAGCGACGCAGUGGCGCAAUAAGCCGGAAAAUCGCCAGUACCGAAUUCUCGCCAUGAAUUGUGUUGUGGAAUUCAGGGGAAACGGGGCGCAGGGAGUUAUCAAUCGGCUACAGGCUCAUCGUUUCGCUCAACUAGGAUGUAGAUGUCAUCGGUGGAAACACCAGGAAUCAAUGUAUUCCUAUCUAAACGAGAUCUCGGGGGCCCGCUGGCUCCUCUGGGUGCUUCAACUAUCUUGA